AUGGGUAGUUGUAAUUGUAUUCCAAAAAAGCUAGGAGAAGAAGAAAUAUAGACUUAAAGAGGAGGGAGCGAACACUAAAUAUUGGAUAAAGAAAAACAAUAAGAUGCUCAAACAUUUACUCAUGGUUGAUUUUUAUAUUCUUAUUCAGAGGACAAUAAACCAGCCAAUGAUGAAUCUUAAUAACUUGUUUAAAGUACGAAAGGAAUUCGGAAAAAACUUCCUCGAAUAAAUAUGCUUAAUGGAGGUUAUUAUGAAGGGGAGUGGUUCAAUUGUAUGAGGGAUGGCUUUGGAUUGCAUGUAAUAUUGAAAAAUUGAUUAGAGUGUUGGGCUGAUGGAGGUUUUUAUCAAGGGGAAUGGAAAGUUGAUAAAGCUGAAGGCAAAGGGAAAUUAGGUAUAUUCAUUAUUAUUAGCAUUUUUAGUUCAUGGAGAUGGAGAUAUUUAUGAAGGUUAAUGGGCAAAUGAUAUGGCUAAUGGAGUAGGUACUUAUGUACAUGCUGGUGGUGCUAAAUACGAAGGCGAGUGGUUGAAUGAUUAGUAGCAUGGAAAAGGAGUAGAAGUUUGGCCUGAUGGCUCUAAAUAUGAAGUAUUGAAAUCUCUAAUUAUGAAGGGAAUGUAUACUUUUGGAAAAAAAAAUGGAAAGGGAAAACUUUAAUUUGCAGAUAAUAGUAUCUACGAGGGAGAUUUUUUAGAUAAUGAAAUAAGUGGGUUUGGUAAAUAUACAUGGAAUGAUGGUAAAAUAUAUACAGGAAAUUGGUUAAAUAAUAAAAUGAAUGGAUAUGGUGAAACAAUAUGGCCAGAUGGAAAAAGUUAUAAAGGAUAUUAUUUAGAUGAUAAAAAACAUGGGCAAGGUGUCUUUUCUUGGAAUAACGGAAAAAGAUAUGAAGGAGAAUGGUCUAUGGGAAAAUAAAAUGGAAAAGGUGUAAUUAUAACUGAAACUGGAGAAAGAAAAGGUGGAAUAUGGGAAAAUGGUAGAAGAAUUAAAAUAGAAGGAGAAAAUGAUUAAACAGCUGAAGGAGAAACCUGA